CUCACCUACCUCCAAACCAACACCAUCAUCCUCAGCAAUUCCCCUGCAGCUACCUUCACUGAACAUAUUCAGAUUAUAGCUAGCUACUAGCUAGCUCACUAGUUUCUCAAGAUAAUGGCAACGCAAACGCCUCAACUCCUCACCAUCGACCCUAGCAACCCCCAACCACCGACAAGACAUCGUCACCACGACGACAUCGCAGAAAAAACACUCCCCGAGGCGAAAGCUACAAAAGCCCAUCCCCGCAACCCGGGAGCAGAGAAUGCCUCGGUCUAUUUUGUCGGGAAUGCGACGACAAUCAUACAAUGGCAUGGUAUCCGGAUCAUGACUGAUCCCAAUUUCCUCCACGCGGGCGACCAUGUCCAUCUCGGUCCUGGCGUAACUUCGACCCGAAGAAAAGACCCGGCAGUGGAUUUGGAAGAUCUACCGCGGGUGGAUCUAGUGCUGCUUUCGCAUUAUCACGAAGACCACUUCGAUCGGCAUGUCGAGGACUCCCUCCGCCGGGACCUCCCUAUCAUCACCACGUCGCACGCGCACAAAAUCCUAACAUCCAAGGGUGACGGCGAGUCAUUCACCCGGGUCGCGGCCGUGGAUGCAUAUGAGCAAGCGAUGGUCGACAUCCGCAGCGACAAUGCCAGCAAACAGCCCCGGUUGAGGAUUACUGGCAUGCCGGGGAAGCAUAUUCCCAUGGGGAAGCCGCUCGAGAAGUUGAAUGAUCUCGUUGGCGCGAUCCCUCCGACGAACGGCUGGAUGCUCGAACUCGGGUAUGGGAGCCAAGGACACAUGACGGCGGACUUCAAGCCGGGGUACCGGAUCUACAUCUCCGGGGACACGCUGAUGUUCGACGAGUUGAAGGACAUCCCGCGACGGUAUGAGGGCCAGACGAUCGACCUGAUGCUGGUGCACCUGGGAGGCACCACAGUGCCGUCGCCCGCCCUGGGCCCGUUGGCGAUGAUGGUGACGAUGGACGCGAAACAAGGGGUGGAGCUGAUGCGGCUGAUUCGACCGCAGAUAACGAUCCCCAUCCAUUUCGAUGAUUAUGACGUGAUGGCCAGUCCGUUGGAAGACUUCCAGGCCCUGGUCAAAGAGGCGGGCUUUGAGGGGGAGGUGGUCUACUUGGACCGGGGGGAUGAGUAUCGGUUUCACGUGAGUGGGUGAGGGGAGGAGAAAGAGUUUGUCUUGUAUUGUGUACUUUGGUAGGAGUAGGGACGCAAUGGUGUCAUUGGCGGAUUGAACUUGCCUCCUCCUCCUUAGUCGUCGUUCAGUUUACCCUGCAAGGUAGUGGAGCUUACUCUGGUAGGUAGUGAAUAAUGGUCCAGGGAGGGGGGGUCCGGAUAAAGUACCGUCUAGUUUAGCAGCAGUUGACAAUGAAACCC